AUGGCAGAAAAGAGAAUAUCAGAACUGUUGUGGGAGAGAUUGACAAUCUCUGAACAACAAACAUAUCAAUCACCGGCAAACUACCAGAGUGGACCAAAGUUUACACCAAAGAAGAAGAGCAAGUUUGCAACCAACCGUGAUUCGUUGGCAUUUAGAGAGAGUCCUGGUAAGCCAGGCACAAAGAGAUAUAAUAGAUAUUUGAACACCAAGUUCUUAAAGGAUGGUGGAGUGCUGAAAGACCAAUUCACCGCCAUCAUGGACCACGACCUCUACGAGAAGAAUGAGCGACUGGUCUAUCAAGACGGCGAGAUGGCCUACCAUUGGGAGCCUUUCAGAAACAUCUCCUUUGACAAGCAACAAGAGAUGAUUGGUCAUGUUGAGGAGGAUAAAGAGACCAACAAGAGCAGAAAGAAGUAUUUGAAGACUGAGAAGAUCAACCAAUCAUUCUCCUUGCUACAAAAGAACAUCCGUGAGGCCUUUAAGAAGCCAUUCAUCCAAAACUGUGAUAUUGUUACCGAGAUUGAGAACAGAAUGAUCGAGUUCGUCUCUAAUCCAUUUGUCAAGACUACAGAGGUCGAGCUUGAGAGUGGUCACCACAGACUGCUACUCCACGGAGUUGGUUCCUACUACUCUGUGUUCACAAAGAGUAAAGAAAGACACACCGCCAUCACCAUCAUUAUCACCAAACUAACUAACCAUACCUUUACCCUUUACCAAGGCUACACAUGCGCGUCGACCGGUCGCCGAAUGACCAUUAUCCGUAAGCCCAAAGUGAUGCCACCCUUGCCCGAGCUCUCCAUCGUAGAGUACAUCACCAACCAACAACGAAAGAACAAGGAUCCACAUCGUAUUCGUGUUGCCUCGCGUUCGCGCUCCAACAGCUUCCAAGGCAUCCGAAUCCGUUGUUAA